GGGCAGGUCUGUGCCCACACUUGGAUCUGCUCGCUCAAUUAGACAGCUGUCAGUGCAAACAUCUCCUCAUGUGUGUUUGUGUGCGUUUAUUGACCGAGAGCUCAGAAAACGUCAGGUGAAAUUUCCAGAACACCUCAGAGCAGAUUGUACCAAGAGACUACAACUGACCAGGUUACUUUUGAAGCAGUUUUCUGAAGAGCGUUCUGCUAACAAUGUCUAGUGUAGAGGGGGACAAACAGUCGGUUUUCCGAACCACGAAGGUUCGUUCUGUUUUGAAAGGAGACAGCAGCUGGAUACAACGUAGUCAGGAAGCAAAUGCCGAGGAAGAGGAAAAACCAUGGUUGGCUGAGGUGCGAGCAAACCGCUCAAAUUGUGUUUUGACAGAAAAAAGUCCUGAUACUUCACCUACGGCCAAAGUGUCUCAGCCCACAACCAACACAGAGAAACCAAAAGCACCAACAUCUGGAUACCUGAUCAGAGGGGUCUUCACCAAAACUGAUUCCAAGCCAACAUCAAAGUCAGCCAAUGGUUUUGUCUGCAUGAACAACUUCACAAAAAAGCCAUCAGACAGUUACAAGAAAAUAGCUCCUCAUACAAUUCGUCUGAACACUGAGAAGCCGGAGCAGUCUGAGCCUACUAUGAGUCCAGAGGAAGCGGAGAAAAGGACGGAGGCAGCCAGCAGUGUUCUCAAAGGCUCUGCAGCCAAUCGGCGUUCAUAUGUGCUCUCAGCUGCUAAGAAAUAUGAGUCCUCAGUCAAAUCCAAGAGCCCACCUCAGACGAGCACUUCUUUUGUUGCCAAAAGGGUAGUUAUCAGUGAUGAUGAUGACAUUGAUUCAACUGUACCUGCAAGCACAGUAUCUGUUCAAUCUGCCCCUCCGCAAAGUGUUAAAGCGAGCAUUGAAGAAACCCCUGUCCCAGCAGUGAAGGAGGUCAAGCCAGUAGCAUCUGAAACUAAAUCUGAAACUAAACCUACAGCUAAAACAGCACCUGAACCUAAACUUACAUCAGAGCCUAAACCUACAACAGAAACUAAACCAGCACCUGAAACCAAAAUAGCAUCUGAACCUACACCUAAAAUUACACCUGAGUCUAAAUCUGAACCUGAAAUUAAAACGGCACCUACAUCAGAAACUAAACCAGUGGUUGAAACUAAAACGCCAAAUGAACCAAAACCAGUAGCUGAAACUAAACCAGUGGUUGAAAUUAAAAUGGCAACUGAAACAAAACCAGUAAAUGAAACUAAACCAGUGGUUGAAACUAAAACAGCAACUGAACCAAAACCAGUGGUUGAAACUAAACCAGUGGUUGAAAUUAAACCGGCAACUGAACCAAAACCAGUGGUUGAAACUAAAACAGCAACUGAACCAAAACCAGUUGUUGAAACGAAACCAGUGGUUGAAACUAAAACAGCAACUGAACCAAAACCAGCAGUUGAAUCUAAACCAGUGGUUGAAAUUAAAACGGCAACUGAACCAAAACCAGUAGUUGAAUCUAAACCAGUGGUUGAAACUGAAACAGCAACUGAAACAAAACCAGUAAUUGAAUCUAAACCAGUGGUUGAAAUUAAAACAGCAACUGAACCAAAACCAGUAGUUGAAUCUAAACCAGUGGUUGAAAUUAAAACAGCAACUGAACCAAAACCAGUAGUUGAAUCUAAACCAGUAGUUGAAACUAAAACAGCAACUGAACCAAAACCAGUAGUUGAAUCUAAACCAGUGGUUGAAAUUAAAACAGCAACUGAACCAAAACCAGUAUUUGAAUCUAAACCAGUGGUUGAAAUUAAAACGGCAACUGAACCAAAACCAGUAGUUGAAUCUAAACCAGUAGUUGAAACUAAAACAGCAACUGAACCAAAACCAGUAGUUGAAUCUAAACCAGUGGUUGAAAUUAAGACGGCAACUGAACCAAAACCAGUAGUUGAAUCUAAACCAGUGGUUGAAAUUAAGACGGCAACUGAACCAAAACCAGUAGUUGAAUCUAAACCAGUGGUUGAAAUUAAGACGGCAACUGAACCAAAACCAGUAGUUGAAUCUAAACCAGUGGUUGAAAUUAAGACGGCAACUGAACCAAAACCAGUAGUUGAAUCUAAACCAGUGGUUGAAACUAAAACGGCAACUGAACCAAAACCAGUAGUUGAAUCUAAACCAGUGGUUGAAAUUAAGACGGCAACUGAACCAAAACCAGUAGUUGAAUCUAAACCAGUGGUUGAAAUUAAGACGGCAACUGAACCAAAACCAGUAGUUGAAUCUAAACCAGUGGUUGAAAUUAAGACGGCAACUGAACCAAAACCAGUAGUUGAAUCUAAACCAGUGGUUGAAAUUAAAACGGCAACUGAACCAAAACUAGUAGUUGAAACUAAACCAGUAGUUGAAAUUAAGACUGCAACUGAACCAAAACCAGUAGUUGAAUCUAAACCAGUGGUUGAAAUUAAGACGGCAACUGAACCAAAACCAAUAGUUGAAUCUAAACCAGUGGUUGAAAUUAAAACAGCAACUGAACCAAAACCAGUAGUUGAAUCUAAACCAGUAGUUGAAAUUAAGACGGCAACUGAACCAAAACCAGUAGUUGAAUCUAAACCAGUGGUUGAAAUUAAAACGGCAACUGAACCAAAACCAGAGGUUGAAACUAAACUGGCAACUGAACCAAAACCAGUAGUUGAAUCUAAACCAGUGGUUGAAAUUAAAACGGCAACUGAACCAAAACCAGUAGUUGAAACUAAACCGGCAACUGAACCAAAACCAGUAGUUGAAUCUAAACCAGUGGUUGAAAUUAAAACAGCAACUGAACCAAAACCAGUAGCUGAAACUAAACCGGCAGCUGAACCAAAACCAGUAGUUGAAUCUAAACCAGUGGUUGAAAUUAAAAUGGCAACUGAACCAAAACCAGUAGUUGAAACUAAAAUGGCAACGGAACCAAAACCAGUAGUUGAAACUAAAACAGCAACUGAACCAAAACCAGUAGUUGAAACUAAACCAGUGGUUGAAACUAAAACAGCAACUGAACCAAAAUCAGUGGUUGAAUCUAAACCAGUGGUUGAAACUAAAACAGCAACUGAACCAAAACCAGUAGUUGAAGCUAAACCAGUGGUUGAAACUAAAACGGCAACUGAACCAAAACCAGUAGUUGAAACUAAACCAGUGGUUGAAAUUAAAACGGCAACUGAAACAAAACCAGAAUUUGAAACUAAAACAGCACAAGUGCCUAAACCAGCACCUGAACUUAAACCAGCAACUGAACCUAAACCAGCACCUGAAACUAAAACAGCACCUGAAACUAAACCAGCACCUGAAGUUAAACCAACAUCAGAACCUAAACCAGCGGCUGGACUGGCUCCUGAGAAAAGUACUGAAAGUCUGAAUGCGCUGUCUCAUACCCUGAUACCCUUCAAGACAGAGCCGGUCAGACCUGAUCCUAAACUGAUCCCAGAACAGAGUGAUGGCUUGCAUAAUGAUGACCUUCUAGAUCUUGCUAAGAGUACUGGUCAAGUGUCUGUGAAUCCUGAUAUAGAUCUGCUCAGUCAAGACCUGCUCACAGACAACAGCUCUGCUGAUCCAUUUGAUCCAAUUCCAAGCGAGCCCACAAAGAGUCCUGACUGGUUUGAUCCUCUUUUAUUGGACUCUGCCAACAACAGUUCCAAAGAUGUAGACAAUCAUCUUCAGAAGCCCUUAAACUUGGUUCCUGAUAUGUCCUCACAUGUUUUGGUUUCCCUUGCUGAUGAUGUCAUUCCAAUUAACACUGACAGGAGUAAGUGGAGAACUGACAUGGAAAGCACAACCUACACCAAAACAGUGGAAAGUCCUGAGCAGGAGAAGUUACCGGAAUCUGAAUCCAAAAAGGGCUUUGUCUAUGUUAAGGAAUAUGUGAACAAUUCACUUACUGACGGCAGCAGAGAAACGACGAUUCCCUGUACAUACUGCGGAGAGAAUGUGGGAAAUGACGCCAAGAUCACCAUUGAGCACCUGAACAUAUCCUGUCACCUAUCCUGCUUUAAGUGUGGGAUUUGCUUGAAACCAAUGGGAGAUUUGCUCUACAAUAUGUUUCUCUAUCGUGGGGUCGUCCACUGUGAGAGCUGUUACUCCAAUGUCCUGUAAGCAUACCUGCUUACAUUUACUGUCUGAACAAAUGGACUUUUCCACCCCAGUAUGGAAGUCACUUGCCUUUUAGUAGGAAUUAGUCUUUAUACUGCAAUGAAACAAGUUCCUUUUCACUGAUACAACAGAUGUAAGCAUAUCACUGAAUUAACUGUAUUGUGCAGAAUACCUGUAAUGAAAUACACCUGUUCAUGAGAUAUGUUCAAAAGGUUUUCAAGUGUUAGAAUAGCUGAAACUCUGUUUCGGGGAUUCUAGGAUUCAUAUUUUUGUUCUGUGCUUUUGGAUGACUUCAAGUGUGCUUUUAGCCUCCAAAUAAGAAUGUAUUUGUCUUCUAUUUAAUCACCAAAAACCCAUUUUAAAGAAUUUUUUUGUGAAACUGUGAAUCUCUUAUGAAUUUAUGUACUCUGCAUCUUUUACUGUAAAUCAACAUUCACACUUCAAUAAAGUUGUA